AUGGAGGAAAGCACAGUCUACCCUGAGUCGAGAAACCCUCUUCUUGACCUGGCAGGUCAAGGCUCGUUUGGAGUGUCGCCGUUAGAACAGGAAGUCCUGGAUGAGUAUGAGAGGCUGGCGAAAAACAUGAAAGAGCUCUCCUCUACCCUAGCAUCGCUCUCAGGCGGACCAAUCACGCUCGAGAUCGCAGAGGGCCUCCGGCUGCUGGAGCGGAAAGUGGCGAGCGUAUACACGUUGAUGAAGGCCAGCGUCUACAGUAUUGUACUACAGCAAGGCCAACUGGAUGGCAUGGACGGAGAAGGGUUCGAUGGAGACGAGAGCGCUCAG